CCUUCGCCUUUGCCUGAAUCAUAAAAUUAAUACUUAUAAUAUAACCCCAUACAAAAAAGACCAACCCAACUAUAUGAAAAUCAUGAGACCUUUCAUUCACAUUCCUUCAUUAAGCUAGCAUCCAUAAAUUCUAAAGGCUUACAAUUUUCUUUCACAAGUCAUUUUCUCUCUUGGCUUAUCACAUUAUAUUUCUUUUUAACAAGAGGGUGUGAGUACUUAGACUUAUUAUAUAUGUACAUAAUGUUACCUUAUAUGGCGGUUUUAGCGUCGGCAUUGGGAUGCUUGUUGCUUCUUGGUAAUGGAGGAAUGGUGGAGGGGGCUUCUGUCAAAGUGCCGGCUAACAUUUCGAGGGUAGAAGAUGCUGCUUAUUAUCAUAUAUAUUAUGGUAGUACCUUCAAAGUCAUUAAAAAUGACCUCGACGGCAAGAGCUACCUCCUAAUCCAGGAUAACUCAAAGAUGGCUACAAAGACCAAGUAUUGUACACCAAGGAUCAAAUCCUUUGUCAUUCCAUUAUCAAACUUUUCUUUGGAUGUUAAUUAUUUCCCAGUUUCAUUCUUUGAGCUUCUAGGACUUAUGCCAAGCAUGAAAGGCAUGACAUCCGAAAUGAUAGCUUCUCCAUGUUUGCUUAAAUUGUACAAUGAAGGACAAAUUCAAAUGCUCAACAAGAGUGAACCACAACAAUUUUCUCAUUAUACAGCACAUUUUAUCGGCGAUAGCUCUAAUCAACAAACUCAAUCAUGCAAUUAUGUUAGCUAUGUCCCCAUCGGCGAGCAAGCUCCUCUCCAAAGGGCAGAGUGGAUUAAGUACCUCGGACUUUUUGCCAACAUGGAAGUGAGAGCAAAUGAAAUCUAUGAUGCCGUGAAAAAGAAUUACAUGUGCUUGGUGAAUUCGACAGCAAGCAAAAAGCUCAAGCCGAUAGUGGCUUGGAUGGAGUUCAAUGAUGGCGCUUGGUCUUUCACAAAAGAAGCAUACAAGCUAAAGUAUAUAGUAGAUGCAGGAGGAGAGAACUUGGACGAGUCUAUAAACAAAUCAACAUACAACAUAUCCUCUAUCGAAGAAUUAGAACAACUUAAUGCUAUCUUAUGUACUGUAGAUGUAGUAAUCGAUGGAACAGCAACUCCAGACCCGAUGGGCUACAACUCAACUUUGUUUCUGCAAAACCUCGACAUAGAGAAUCAAUCUUGUCUUGCUUUUCUUUCAUCUCAAAGCGUUUGGAGACAUGAUAAACGUCUUUCAACUGAUAUGGCUCUCGAUUGGUAUGAUGGAGCAGUGUCCCAACCACAACUAGUCCUGGCGGAUCUAAUAGAAGUUCUGUUUCCAACGGGGAACUAUACAACUACUUACUUCAGAAACCUCCUAAAGGAUGAACUUCCGGUAACCCUUGGUCCUGAAAGCUGCCCUCGUGAUACUUUAACUGCUCAGGAGCCAACUAUAGUAGCAUGCGGAUAAAAAAGCUAGUUUUUAUCUUUUUGUAUCCCGAAAGCUGUUGAUUUUUUUAGGAGGUGUGUUACCUUAAUUAAUACGAGUACUUUUUAUUAGUAGCAAUUGUGAGAGUCGAAUUAUAGUAAUUUGUUUCCACUACAAAUGUAGACAAGGAUAUGUUCAUUAGUAUAUUUAUCAUUUAUCUGAU